AGGGCACAGGCAGGACGGUGUGUGUGCCUUCUUGCAUGUAUCAGUCCCUCACUGCAGCUUCAACACAGCUCUUAGACAGUAAAAGACUUUCAAAUUCAACCUCUAAAGAUCUUAUUUCUGCAAGCACAGCCUGCACAGGCCAAGAGAACCAUUUCAAAAAUGGCAACAGAGGAGGGUUUCAGCUACCUAAUGUCAGGCCACAGUGAGAAACACAGGCGGGCCCCGAACUGGACCGAUGGCGAAAUGAAAGCCCUCCUGUACGUGUGGGAGGAACACCACAACGAACUGAAAAUGAGCAAGAGGAACGCAAAGGUUUACGAGAAGAUGUCCCAGAGGUUUUUCCAGCUGACUGGGGAGCAGCGUUUCAAAGAGGAGAUCAAGAUGAAAAUCACCAACAUGUCUUUUCAGUACAGGCGACUGAAAUCCACAGUGAGUGAUAAUGGGGAGACACCGGACUGGCCUUAUUAUAAACCCAUCGAGAAGAUCCUCUCCAAGCCGCUGGAGAACGGGCGGGUGAACUCUUUGGAGUUCCAGGCCUCCACCGCAGGCCCCUCCACUUCCUCCCAGUCUACAGACAACCUGGUGCCCCUGUCGGAGGAGGGGAUGAUGGGAUUCCUGCCAGAGUACACAGGCUCCUCAGAUGAGAUGGAGAUAAAACAAGAGCUGGACUCUUUGAGCUCUGACAGUGAACACACGCAGGGCUCCAGCUCUCACCCCACUUCAGCCAGGAAAAGGCAAGCUAACAAGCACUUGUCCAUAAAGAAAAAGAAACUACGGGUGAUGCAGGCCAUGUUGCAGCAACAAAAGAGGUCGAGCCGGGCCAUAGAGGAGAUGUGCAGGGAGGUCCGUCGAGCCGUGCACCAACAGAACCUCCUCCAGGUCCAGUGUUUGCAGCUGCAGGACCGUAUGAUGAACCUUAUGGAGAAGAUGAUCCAGCCUCCCUCCACCACAUCAGCAUCAUGGGGUCAGAGUGGAGUCAAAGAUCCUGGGAAGCCAUGAAGUGUGAGGGGUUGUGGUUGUCUGGGAGAGAACAUGGUCUUGCCUCACGUAUAGCCUCGCUGAAGCAAAGAUAUAAAAGCAUAUUUAUUAUGGGUUUCAGUUUAACUUUGAACAUUGUUCAGGUUUAUCGUUGCAUAUGUCAAAGUACAUCACUCGUACAGAGAGGUACAAAAACAUGCUGUUAUGAUCAUCAGCCUGAAUGCAAUUAAUGGAAGAUGACCAUGUUAAUAAUCAUAGUGACAUAUGCUGGCGCUUUGGCAUCUGCUGCAAAUCAGGCUCCAAUCUGAGUUUUCAUUGUUAGGAUAAUUACAUCAGAUCCUCUUGCUUAAUAAUUUGUCAAGUACCCUAUUAAAAUCACUGUGGGAACAACAGCCUUGCAAAAACAGACUUAUCUUGUCACUACUUUCUUUCCCUGUGCCAAGAUAAUUACAAGUUGGGAAGGUUUGGUGCCAAAACAGGGGAAUUUGUAGCAUCAUAAAGCAGGAUUUGAGGCAAUAAUCCCUGCUGUUAUUGAAGCGAAAGGAAAGAAACUGUUAGCGAAUGACUUCCUAACCCAUACAAACUGCAGCCCUUAGACAGGACCUUUUUGUGCUCAACAGCAGUACACGUGAGGGCACAUUUCCUGCUUUUAGCUGACAUAACUAUUCAAGGUGAACCUCAUAUAGAUGCAAUAAACAAAAAUCUGAAGAGUCCAUUAACUCUUUCUCCUGUUCAUAUCCAGCCAGUUUGGAUUGUAUGUCACUGUGACCACACAGACUGUCUCUCUGCCCGACUGUGGACUGCGAGGACAAACAAAUAAUGUAUACAGUGUCUAAACUUUGGGCAUUGUGCUAAUAGAAUUAGAUAUUAAAGAAAACUUUGUGACAGAAACAUAAAGACAGUGCU